UUCGCCAUUGCUUGCAAGAGGGAAAAGAUGUGGAUUUGUUCUCGUGUUCAUCGGGGAAGGCCAGGCGGUGUCGAAAUUCUGUGAAUUACGUGCUAGAAAACUUGCAAGAAAUGAUGAGAGCACAAAGUAUUUAGUCUGUCGGCAAACAACUUUACGAAUGACUACAUUUUUCAUCACAGUCUCCAGAUCUGCUUAUUUAUUGUAUUUUACCAUUUCACCGGACGUUUUGGUUUUGUGCUCAGCUCAGAAAUGUCCGAUUUCAAGAUUGAAGCAAGGAAUCGCCAAUACCAUGGAUUCUCUGGUAAUGAAGAGUCCUGGGAAGGUCCGUACAUGUUUGUGGUAGGAACGGACCCACAGUAUGGCAUGAUUGACACCAUGGCUGGCAAGAAAGACAUUGGGUGGGACCAGGAGGUGGAGCUAACCAGGAAGGCCAUCGAAGCGGUCAAUGCCAUGACACCAAGACCAAAGUUCUUUGUAGUGUGUGGAGAUCUAGUACAAUGCACUCCAGGAGAAUACCUUAGAGAUGAGCAAGAAGCAGACUUCAUCACAGAGUUCUCCAAGCUGAACUCUGAGAUUCCUCUUGUGCUCGUCAGUGGUAACCAUGACGUUGGUAGAAUACCAGAUGCAGCAUCCAUUGCAUGCUACACAGAAAGGUUUGGAGAUGAUUACUACAGCUUCUGGGCUGGUGGAGUACGCUUCUUAGUUCUCAACACUCAGCUCUAUGACAAUGACAGCAAAGCCAAGGAGAUAAGAGCACAACACGACGAGUGGCUGCUGAAAGAACUUGAAACAAUGAAAACAUCAGGAUGCAAGCAUGCAGUGGUAUUCCAGCAUAUUCCAUGGUUCCUUCAGAAGCCAGAUGAAGAGAAGGUCUAUUUCAAUAUCGAGAAGGAAUUCCGUCUACAGAUGCUGGAGAAAUUCAAUGAUGCUGGAGUAAAAGUGGUCUUCUCGGGUCACCAGCACCAGAAUGAUGGUGGAUUCUACAAGGGAUUGGAGCAGGUUGUGACCUCUGCGAUGGGCUGGCAACAGAGGGCAACAGACACACCAGGCAUCAGGAUUGUAAAGGUCAAAGAAGAGGGUAUCACACACCAGUAUUAUGAGAUGGAUGAUAUUCCAACUACAAUAGACUUGAAAGAAUAGAUUGAAGGAAAACAGGGUAAAAGGGAGUUAGAUGAAGAAAAAUGAGGAGAGGAAGGGGACAGAGAAGGUAAAGUGAGAUAUAUAUAUAGAGAGAGAGAGAGAAAAAAAGAGAAGGAGAGAGAAAAAGACAGAAAGACAGAUAGACAGCUAGAUAAAUAUUAUCAAUCUCUUGUGUCAGAAUUCCCUUUCUCUUUAAAUUGUGAACAGUGUGGCCAGAUAGUUUGUUUUGCCAACUCCACAUGAACAAGACUUUAUUUUAUUAUUUUUCAACAUGUUCAUAUCCCUUCAUGUGAUGAUGCAUUAAUUAGUAUGUCACUAGUAGGAGUACCUGGGGAGAACCAAACGAAUGUAUUAUGUUAGAUGAUCUUCAUAAUCAUGUUUAUAUCACCAUUUGAAUAUUCAGUGAACUGUGAAUAAUAAUAUGU